UAAAAUUAUGAAAAUUAUUGUCUUAAUAUUCUUGUUAGGAGCCUUUGCAUCAAACAUCAGACACAAAAGAGAAAGGUUUUUUUAUUGUUUUUAUAAUUUAGAAACACUGAUUCGUAGACAUUAUCACACUAAUAAUAAAACAAGAAAGGUAUUGAACAAUAAAUAGAUAUAUUUAGAAUUAUUGUAAGUAUCAGAUAUAGACAAUGAAUCUUAACCAUUUGUUGAGGAAACACUCAAUCAAGAAUAAAAUUUAGAGGAACCCAAACCAUUAUAUAAUAAUGAUGGCAGAUCACCUGAUAUGGGCUUAAAUGAAGUAGAAAAUAAUGAUGCUCCUGAAGCACCUAUGAUGGCAGAUAAUGUUUUAGAUUAUUCAGCUUAGGAAGAAGUGAUUACUGGAGUAUCUCUUAUAUAAGUUGGAGAAAUUGAUGCAUUAGCUAAUAUUGACACUAGUAUGCCUUUAUUAGAUGAGGAUUUCAAAUAUGAUGAAUAAGCACUUUAAGAAACACCUUUGAAUAUUGAUAUUAUCGAAGAAGUACCUUAAUCAUAAGAUUAAGAUAUUAAUUAGAUAGAUGAUUAAUUGCAAUAAGAUAUUCAAAUUGAAGAUUAAUAAGAUUAAUAAGAUUAACUCAUUAAUGAAGUUUAAUUACUCUAAAUUGGAGGAUUCUAUUAUUGA